AGCGGAUUCGCGAGGAACGUGGGAGCUGUCAUUGCUGUAAAACACAUUUGCGGAGACCAGCAUCACCGUUGACAGCAAUUACAAGUGCUGGGAUUAUGCUCAUUUAAACGAUCACUUCUUGAUAGGUGCCUUCAUAACAUGCUGCUCCGCAUAUAAUCAAAUGACAUUUUCUUUAGAUUCGCCAGAUCUGAAGGGGAAUUUUAGACAGACACAAGCUGAUCAUGAAGUGGGAUAUUUUACUCCUCUCUUGUGUUUUAGAGAAAAAUACCGGAUGCAUCCGUUGAACGAAGGUAUUUUCCGCUGGAUUAACAAAGGACAUUAUUUUUGAUACUUACUCUCCGUGCAAAAUUACUGGUUUAUUGCCGUUUUCGGGGAACAAAGAUGUUCUUGUGAAGUCUCAGGCGAAACAUCGUGUCGUUCGUUUAGCCUGGUGCCUCAAUUGCAAAAUGCUGUGGUGCUGAUGAGAGACUGUUCCUCGAAAACAGUUUUUUCACAACUCAGAAUGACAAACAAAUAGCUCUCCGCUUAAGCGAUGGAAACACUGUGAGGUUUCUUACUGAACUUGAGAAGCAGCAACAGCGACUGCAACAGUCUCGACACCACAGAAAUCAGCACAUAAUAAUGGUAUGGGCUUCUGAAGUCGAUUGGAGCAUGGAGUCCGCGCACCAGGCAGGCUAGGAGGUUUUACGAGACACGCUAAGAACCCUGUUUUGACUCCCCAUCCUGAAAUGAGGCAAAAUGUUGAUGUGUGACAGAGGAGUCCAAAUGCUCAUCACCACAGUGGGCGCGUUCGCCGCGUUCAGCCUGAUGACUAUCGCUGUGGGAACGGACUACUGGCUGUACUCACGAGGAGUGUGCCGGGUCAAAAGUAAUAACGAGAACGAGACGAGCAGGAAGAAUGAGGAAGUCAUGACCCACUCCGGACUGUGGAGAACCUGCUGUCUAGAAGGAACAUUUCGAGGUGUCUGUAAGAAGAUUGACCACUUUCCGGAGGAUGCAGAUUAUGAGCAGGAUGCAGCAGAGUAUUUACUACGCCUAAGUAACAUCAUCGGUAUUAUCGUGUACAUAUCUGCCAAUUCGGGUGACCCUGGCCAGAGCGAUUCAAAGAAGAGCUACUCAUACGGCUGGUCCUUCUACUUCGGCGCACUGUCCUUCAUAAUGGCCGAGAUGGUGGGCGUGCUUGCCGUGCACAUGUUCAUCGAGAAACACCGGAAGCUGCGCACCAAGUCCCGCACCGAGCUGAUCAAGAAGUCGGCCUUCAGUCGCAUCCCCAGCUACCGCUACCGAUUCCGCCGGCGCUCCAGCUGCCGCUCCAGCGAGCCUGCCUCGCGUGACGCUUCACCCAUGGGCAAGAGCGGGUACACGGGCCCCGCUGCGGCAGACAUCUCCAUGUACACCCUGUCCAGGGAUCCCUCCAAGGCGGCAAUGGGUGCCUUGCUCAACUCCGAGAGGGAGUUUUUGCAGGCUCACAACUCCAACGCUAAGGACUUCAAAGAUGCAGCCAACAGGAGGACCACUCCAGUCUGAGAGAGUUUAAGCACAGAGGAAGUGCCACGGCCAAGACGUUACAACCACAGACUUGAGCUGGACCCCAGCAGGAAGAAGAAUUCACUCGAGGCCUGCAGGGCUAUAACCCUCUUUCUAUAACAUUAUAUAUAAAUAUAGAUGGUAAUUGUUAGAUCAUUGGUGCUUCCUUUUAAUCCUCAUUUUUCAGUCACUGUUUCUGUCGUUUCACCUGACUCACACGUCCCUCCCCCUAAGGGCUACUCGAGUAGAAUGCUAGUCCUCUCCUCAAAGUCAUUUGUUCUGCGACUGGAGUUCCUGAAGUGGUAGCCCAGCAAAACUGUGAAGCCCUCUGAGGGGGAGGAUUGUAACACUUCUGACAGACAAACCGAAAGGCUGUCCUGAUACUCGCCUUAUGCACAGCUCAGUAGCCCAUUGCUGGUGAGUGCUGCCUCACACUCACAAGAUUGUAUACAUUGUUGGUUUCUCUCCCGGGUCGGAAAUUGAGCCCACAACUAGUGCCACUGUCUCAUGCUUAUCACCCCCACUCAUGCCACCUACACGCUGCCCUCAAUCUACUUGGCUGGGUUCUGCAUGCCAUCCACACAGUUCUGUUAUUUUUUAUUUUUUUAA